AUCGCAAGAAUGAAGCGCAAAUUGAACAAAGACGAUGUACCGGAGGCAGUCGGUGACGGUCGAGAUGGCUCAGCGGCGAAAAUGGUGGCUGCCUUCACUGAUCUCAGUAUCGAUCCGCGGCUUCUCCAGGCCGUGAAUCGCGAAAAGUUCGCUGCGCCGACACCUGUGCAGGCGAAGACCAUCCCUUUAGCGUUGACUGGAAGAGACGUUCUCGCACGCGCAAAGACCGGAUCCGGAAAGACGUUGGCGUAUCUGCUGCCAGUAUUGCAUGGCGUCCUGCGACACAAGGCGGGCUUUAGCAAAGUGAGGGAAACGACGGCAUUGCUCCUCGUCCCUACAAAAGAGCUCGCCGCGCAGAUUACAUCGACACUGAAGACGUUCACAUCCUACUGUACCCAGGAGAUACGGUAUGAGAACCUUAGUAAGACGGAAGAUGCUGCGGUGACGAAAGCACGUUUGGCAGAAACGCCGGAUAUAGUGGUUGCCACGCCAGCCCGAGCAGUGUACUGGAUGAACCAGAGCCUUCUGAAGUCAGACCGUCUCAAAUACCUUGUCAUCGACGAGGCAGACCUGGUGCUCAGCUAUGGCUACGAAGAGGAUCUGCAGACACUUGCCGCAGCUCUGCCGAACGGCGUGCAAAAGCUUAUGAUGUCUGCCACUCUUCGUACUGAGAUCGAUACACUGAACUCAGUUUUCUUCGCGGAUGGUACCAAACCGGAGAUACUUGAUCUCUCGGCAGAGGAAGCAGCCGAAAAGCCCACCUUAGCCCAGUAUACUAUUCGGACUGGUGAAGCGGACAAAUUCCUAUUGAUCUAUACGAUUUUCAAGCUACAGCUCAUUAAGGGCAAAGUAAUACUGUUCGUCGCAGAUAUAGAACGGUGCUAUCGUGUCAAGCUUUUCCUAGAGCAGUUUGGCAUUAGGAGUGUUGUGCUUAACAGCGAGCUACCGGUCAACAGUAGGCUGCAUGCUGUAGAAGAAUUCAACAAAGGCGUCUACGACAUCAUCGUUGCUGCCGACGAAGAGGAAGUAGUUGGCCAGGAGGAAGCCAAGCGUAAACGAAGAAAGCUGGAGAUUGAGGAGGAUGUCGAAGGGCAAGAGAGGCCGUCUGCGGAGCAGCCUCCCGAUGAGGAAUCCAUCCAUCAUGAAGUCAAGCAAGCUGCUAAUGUUCGUAAACGAAACCGGCGCGACAGAGAGUUCGGCGUCUCCCGCGGUAUCGACUUCCGCAAUGUCACCUGCGUUCUCAACUUCGAUCUUCCCACCACGUCCAAAUCCUACACCCACCGGAUCGGCCGUACCGCCCGCGCCGGCCAGACAGGGAUGGCCCUGUCCUUUUACGUUCCAAAAGACCAGUACCGCAAGCACAAAUCAACCAGUAUCCCGCAGACCGAGCACGACGAGCGCAUCCUCGAGCGCAUUAGAAAGCGUCAAGCCUCAGUGGGCGGCUCAAUCCAGGAAUGGAACUUCGACAUGGCCAAGCUCGAACCGUUCCGCUAUCGCUUUAACGACGCGUUACGAGCCGUGACUCGCAUCGCCGUUCGUGAAGCUCGCACGAAGGAGCUUCGGCAAGCGCUGAUCAAUAGCGAGAAGCUCAAGCGGCAUUUCGAAGAGAACCCGGAGGAUCUGAGGCAUCUGCGACACGAUGCUGAGACCCAUGCUGUGAGGAGACAGGAGCAUCUGAAGCAUGUGCCUGAUUAUCUGCUGCCGGCUGGUGGGAGGCAGGCGGUGAGUAAGGAUGUGGGGUUCGUGGGGUUGAAGUCGGGUACGGAGAACUCCUUGCGGAAGCGCAGAGCGUUCAAUAAGAGCCGAGGAAAGGGCAGGAUGAUGCGUGGCAGAGGUAUGGAUCCGUUAAAGGCGCUUAACGCAAGGGGGAGGGGGAAGAAGUGA